AUGUUCGUAUUACUUAUUAGUAUCUUAUUAUUAUUAUUUAUUGAUCAUGGACAAUGUUCUAUGAUAGCUUAUGCUAGUGUUAAAUUGCAUAAUACUUCACAAUCAAUUGGAAUAUUAACAUUUUUUCAAAAUGAUGCUAACUCACCUGUUAAAGUUUCUGGUACACUUAAUUCAUUGAAUGCUAGUCAAAGUCUUGGUUUCCAUGUUCAUACUCUCGGAGUAUCAGACAAUAUGCCAAACUGUAUAGCAGCUGCUGAUCAUUUUAAUCCUUACAAUACUAGUCAUGGUCCUCGUGAAUCUGAUAUAUGGCAUCGACAUGUUGGUGAUCUUGGAAAUAUAACAACAUCAGCAAAUGGUGUAUCAGUUAUUGAUAUUCAAGAUAGUAUUAUUCAACUUUAUAAUGCUACACAAUCAAUCAACAAUCGAACUAUCGUCAUACAUAUUACUUUUGAUGAUGGUGGUGUAGGUAGUAAUGACAGUAAUUUAACUGGACAUGCUGGUGCGCGAGUGGCUUGUGGUAUUAUUAAACUAGGGACAUCAAAUGGAUUAAAUAUCAAACCAACUAUAUUGGCUUUAUUUCUUACAUUGAUUAUUACUUUUCAUACACUCUUCUACUGA